AUGUCCCAGCAUGCUGCCAAUGCUGGUGUCGUCGUGCUCCUCGUUGUUAUCAACUUAUCACCACUGAGCGGUGACUGGAUACGAGCAGAGCCCGAGAAAGUCGAGCAGAACAACACUGUGUUUACCCUAACGGAUAUCCAACGAUUGGCAGAGGCCAAACCAGACAAUGCCACCAGAAGCUACAUCGCCCUCGGAGUGGCCCGGGAACGCACUCUCAGGGAGAACACCGCAGCGUUCACGAGGCUUCGGUUCAGGCCUAAGGUCCUUGUGGACGUAUCGAAGAUCGACACUGCUACUGUUUUGCUAGGCCGGAGAAUAUCUUUUCCUGUUGGCUUCGCUCCUACUGCUGCACAGAUGAUUGCCGACCAGGUGGGAGAGCUGGGCACUGCACAAGCGGCACGGGACGCGGGAACGGUGAUGAUCGUGAGCUGCCUGAGCACCAUGUCGCUGGAAGACAUCAGAGCCAGCGCUCCGGACUGCCUGCUUUGGCAGCAGACGUAUCUCUUAAGUAACCGCUCCCUGACUAAAGCUAUAGUCAAGAGGGCGGAGGAGCAGAACGUCGCUGCCAUCGUGGUAACCGUGGACUCAAAUGCCGAUGGACAGGCCGCAAGCCUGAGGAGAAAAAAGUUCGUCCUUCCACACGGCCUCAGGGUGAGCUGCACGUUCGGAAUUUGUCGAGAAGUGGUGGCAGCUUUCCCAUCUGAACAGGCUGAAAUGGGACUGAGAGCUUACAAGAACGGUGCAUCGGCUGUUAUGGUCUCAAAUCACGGAGGACGGGUGCUCGAUGACGUCCCUGCUGCGCUCGACGCCUUGCCAGAAGUGGUUGCAGCUGUAGGAAACCGUAUGGAGGUCUACAUGGACGGCGGAGUGCGGUCAGGAGCCGACGCUGUGAAGGCGUUGAGUCUCGGUGCACGCGCUGUUUUCAUCGGCAGACCCAUAUUCUGGGGACUCGCUUACAGAGGAAAACAAGGUGUAGACAAGGUUCUGGAUAUUCUUAGGAGUGAAUUCAAUCUUACGAUUCGGCUGCUAGGUGUUCCCGAUGCCAAGAAUUUGUGCACUAACUUCGUCGUCCGCGAGCAGUACUACUCUCAGCCACUCCACAAAAACAGCGCACCGAGACAACCUCGGGUGGAUUGA